AUGGGUUCUACGUGGACGUCGUUCUUGAUUACUCUUUUAUUAUCUGUCGCCGCCGCCGAUUCUUCACUCUUUGAAGCCAACGGCGUGCCCAUAGUCCGGAAUAUCAGCGAGAUCGAUCAGGAUAACUAUGGUAGGCUCGGUUUAUCUCACAUUACAAUUGCCGGUUCGGUAAUGCACGGGUUCAAAGAGAUUGAGGUGUGGCUACAAACAUUUGCACCGGGUGCUCGUACGCCGAUUCACAGGCACUCGUGUGAGGAGAUAUUUGUGGUUCUAAAAGGGAGUGGCACUCUUUAUCUUGCCUCCGAUUCACAUAAAAACUAUCCCGGCAGCCCACAACAGUUUCCGAUUUUCACGAAUACUACAUUUCAUAUCCCUAUCAAUGAUGCUCAUCAGGUGUGGAAUACGAACGAACACGAGGAUUUGCAGUUUCUGGUUAUUAUAUCUCGACCUCCAAUAAAAGUGUUCAUAUACGAUGAUUGGUAUAUGCCACACACCGCUGCCAAAUUGAAGUUCCCUUAUUAUUGGGAUGAAUUGUCUUACGGCCAAACAUCUCCCGUAAAAGACGAGCUUUGAAAGAACUUCAACAACCGCUGGCAAGUUAAAGUUCAACAGUUAAACAUCAUUUGAUGUUUUGUUUUGUAUCAUAAAAAGGUUUUUGAUAUGGCUUCCCUCUUUGCAACUUUGUGACAGUUUACUAGUAUGUGAAUCUCUUUCGAUAAAGAGCAACUCCAAUGGAGUUAUUAAAUGAGUUAUCAAAUCUCUUAACUA